GGGGAAAUGCUGUAAAUGAAGCAUCAGAGCCAACUGCCUCCCAGACAAAUUGUUUAAAAGGUUCCAACUAUUUUUUCUUUUGUUGCAGCCUAAUACUAGAAGGCUCUUAAACAGUUAUUGAACUUGCCUCUGAGCACUUUCAGUUGUAAUUCCUGUUUGCGUGCAUACUAAUGGAUGGUAAUCAGGUGAUUCUUCACUCGGAGCCUUUAGCUGUGUGCAAUAGGAAGGUUCCUGUCCCACUCCGUGCCUCAGCAGCCCAGCAUAGAGUUCCAGGAGCUUCCGGCAAGGAAGUGGACAUUGGAGGAAAGGCUAAACAUGGGAGGCUCAAGUUUCUUAUAGCUGAAGUUGAAGUUUAUUGGAAAAGGAAGAAGAAUUAUCUUCUAAAGAAGAAAUCCUCUAUUUCUGUAAUUUGGUCAGACUGUGAGAGCCAGUAGUACAUGACGCAACACCAUGGCACAAUUCUCCUUUCGUCAGUGGCUACAGAAGACGCGUGAAUCCCGGAUACUGGUUCUUAUUGUGGUGACCGUGGCUCUGUUUGUGGACUGCAUACUUAACACCGUUAUUGCCCCAAUCCUUCCAACUUUACUUAUUGGAAAAAACACAUCCAACUCCUCUGUUGUAUCGAACUACACCUUCACUUUGCUCCCUGAUAACUCAAGUAAAGGGAUUUACCAAUUACAGAAUGCCAAUGGGACACAGGAUGGUGAAUGCUACACUAAGGGGAAAGAAAAUUCAGAUGGACAGGACUUUCGGAUAGGUCUACUCCUUGCAUUUAAGGGCAUGCUGCAAAUUGUGGCAAACCCCAUAGUGGGAGUACUGACCAACAGGUUUGGAUACGAUGCGCCAUUGCUGGUUGGAUUUGCGGUUGUGUUCUUCUCGACUUUGAUGUAUGCUUUUGGCGAACAGUACGUUUUUCUUUGUGUGGCCAGGGGCUUGCAGGGUAUUGGAUCAUCCUUAACGACUGUACCAGGUUUGGCUUUGUUGGCAAAUACUUUCCCGGAUGAUGAAGAAAGAGCAAAAGCCAUGGCAAUUUCUACCAGUGGAUUGGCAGUUGGGGCCCUAGUUGGUGCUCCCUUUGGAUCUCUUAUGAAUGGGUUUUUUGGGAAGUCCUCUCCAUUCUAUGUUUUAGCCGCUGUGACUCUGCUGGAUGGAGCCCUCCGGCUGUGUAUACUUAGGCCAAAGUUUUCCCCAGGAAGUAUUCCUGCAACACCAUAUCUGACUCUACUUGCGGAUCCUUAUAUUUUGGUGCCCGUUGUGGGUUACUUCCUCAAUAAAUUAAAUUCUAGUAUACUGCAAGCGAUUGUACCUGUAAGAAUGAUGGAACACAUGUGUGCCCCCAGCUAUCAGCUUGGUCUGGCGUUCGUUCCAGCUAUGCUCACAACCAUUUUGACUCUCAAUGGUUUUGCGAUUCUGUCCUUAAAAUGGGGGAGGUGGCUAUGCCUUAUGCUUGGAUUUAUUAUUCAAGGAAUCGGGAUUAUAUGUUUACCUUUAGCUGCCAAUAUCUUUGGACUCAUUGGACCUUCCAUUGUGCUUGGAAUCGGUACUGCCUUAGUGGGAGCAUCAAUAAUGCCACUGAUGGCGUAUCUGAUUGAUCUACGUCACACAUCAGUCUAUGGUGGGGUAUAUGCCAUAACGGAUGCAGCUUUGUGUCUUGGAUUUGCUAUAGGCCCAUUAUUUGGCGGAGCCAUUGCAAGUGCCAUCGGAUUCACCUGGGUAAUGGUCAUAUUAUGCGUGUUACUAAUUAUUUAUGCCCCUCUCUUCAUCCUGCUGCGUAAUGUCAGUGGAAAAGAUGAGAAAAAGCCUAUUUUAAACCAGGAAAACACGCCUGAGGAAGCCAAGUCUGAUGACCAAUAGACUCACAACUUAUUGAACGUGGUUCACACUCUACCUCUGAAUGGCACAUCACUCUGGCCAGCAACACCCACCGAGCAUUUGCAUUUGGUUACCUACAGUAUUAUCCAUGAAUACAUAACCAUAAAACUAUUGUACGUGUAUUUGGUACAACAUAGGGAUAACCAUCCUAAAGGCUAUUCUCUGUUUUUAAAGAGGAACUAUAGGCAAAUAAAUAAAAAUGUUAUAUUAAGUUUGUAUUAAUUUUUGAAUAGAAAAUGUUGAUUUAUGAGUUAAGUUUUGAAUGCUAAUGUGUUCCUAUGUGCAGUGCUGGAUAACGUUUGAAUAAUGUUGGAGGGCAGUUGUCACUAUUGUGAUAUUUCAGACUACAACAUAAAGGUUUAUAAGAGUUUCCUUAAACGGGAACUCCAGCUUCCGAACCAAAAUUUGUUAAAGAGCCACAGACAACACAGAAACCCCUAAUAUACCCAUCUCUGUAAUCUUCAAAAACCCAGCUGCAAAGGAGUUCUUCUCUUUCUGCAUCAUUUGAAAUUCUGGCAGGGGAGGAGGGACUAAAACAUUGCUUACAGACAGUAGGCAGGAACUACAUAACCCACAAUUCAUUGCACUGCAAUGUACUUUCCUUAAUGACAUCACGUGUGCAGGGAAUUGUGGGAUUGGGAGGAUGCAGGCUGAAGGCAGUCUGAGGACAGUUCACUACUGUUACAUUUUAUUAAAUUCUCAAAGUAGGCAGCCAGAUCAGCAGGGGAACAGGGGGUGGGGCAUACGGAACUGUUCCAAACCUUAUUAUUACAUUAAAAUCAUGAAAAGGCUGCAUAUUUGUAAUUAAUGUAUAUUGCAAAACUAUGUUUACUUUUCAAAAAGCUUAAGUUGUGUUUGGGUGGAGUUCCACUUUAAAAGCAAAAAAGUAGACAAUUCCGAGCUCUCUGAAUAUCGGAAGAAGAUCUGUUUUCACAUUGGUUUCAUGAAACUACUAACGUCUUGUUAAGUGUUUUUGUUUUUUUCCAACUUGCCGUACUUAUCAUUUACUGUAAUUCCCUAUCUAUAUAAUGGAGCCUGUUGCUGGAUACUGUGUUGUUUAUACAAAUGACCUGAAGAUGCCACUGGGUACAAGACUUAUACUGUAUGUACAUAGUACUUUAGUGCUGUAAGUGCUAGAAUAGACUAAACAGCUGCACCAUUCUCAUACUUCAGGGUUAAAAACAAUAUCGUAAUAUCUAAACAUUUAUAAAAAAAGAAAAAACAAAACAAAACAUACAUGAUAAUAACAGAAAACAACUGUAUGAGCUUUGCGGCUAGUUAAAACAAAUGUGAUAAAUGUCUCCAUGUAAAGUAAUUAUUUCUCAGAAAAGCUUCAGAGUUGUGUUUCUGCUACAAACAUUUCAAAGCUCUCUGUAAGAGAAAAUUGCUCAUUCCUGAGUUAUGUUGUUUUUU